AUGGCUCCCUUCAUUUCUGGUCGCGAUGUCCUUCCUGCGAUGAUCUAUGGGGCGUCUGAGCAUGCGGGCAUUUCUAGCUUGGUGGUUGCGGGUGGCAUUUCUGGCCUUGCGGUUCUCUUCACAUUUGUGGCUAUGGCCGUGCGCUCCCCGAAGUUCGGAAAUAUUCAUGUUAUCCCAUACUUCAUCUCGCUCUUGGUAGCGAACGUCGUCCAAGCCAUCGCCACCGCAUUGUCGGGAAAAUGGGUCAUAACAGGCACCGUGGAGGACAGCACCUACUGUUCGAUCCAAGGCGUGCUGAAAAAUGGCGGAAACUUUGGCAUGGCGCUCUGGUCAUUCGCGAUGUCCGUGCAUGUCUUCGUUCUGCUGUUUCUUCGGAAAGACAUGUCGAAUCGUCUCUGUGCACUCAGCUUGGUGGUGGGCUGGAUGCUCGUGGGCUUGGUGGUGGCAGUUGGUCCGCUGGGCAUCCAGACAGCUGAUAGAGGGCCAUACUUUGGGCCCUCUGGAUAUUGGUGUUGGAUAACUGUCAGCUAUCCCCGAGAACAGUUCUUCAUGGAAUAUUUCUAUGAAUUUCUCUCUGCCGGGUUGUCCUUCAUAUUAUACACCAUCGUUCUGCUCCGAGUCCGCGGCAAUCUCAUCGUAGUUGGCGGGAAAUGGUCGCUCCGAUUCGUUCCUCGCGGCGAGAGAUGGCAGCUGGCACUCAGACGUGACAAUACGGACUCAUCCAUGAUAAGGGUUGCUGCAAGGAUGGUCUGGCACCCUGUGGCGUACACGGUGCUUAUCCUUCCGGUCACCGUCUCACGUUUUGUCGCCUUCGGGGGCAGAGAGGUGCCGUUCUGGGCUACGAUCGUUUCGGACUUCAUUUUCAACCUGCAAGGCGUCGCGAACGUGAUUCUGCUCGUGAGCACGCGCCGCCUGAUCCCGGACACGACGCUCUUCCCAAUAUUCGUCGCACGCAAGGAGAUCGAUAUGGUCGUACCCACUGGGAUCACUCCCUUCCUCCUGUCGCGACCGGAAGAGAGCGAGAAACUCGCCGACCCAUCCGCAGCUCUUAGCGACACAGUGUUCGUCCCGCCGAGUCAGGACGAUGAGAAGCGUGUGGAUGACAUGUCCCCAACUCGCACCACAACUGAUCGGAUGAGCCAGGAAGGCGCCCUCGCCGCCUGCUCUGUCAACUCCCACACUCCAAUGCUGUAUGAUGAGGAGUCGCAGCGAGUCGAGUUUUCUCUUAGGAGAUAG